AUGACAAAAAUUCAACCGUUAUUCAAUAGAAUUGCUAUAAUCGGAGGAGGCCCAGCUGGCCUUGCUGCCGCUAAAGCACUUGCUUUGGAACCAGUUGAUUUCGCAGCGAUUGAUGUAUUCGAAAGAAGAGAUCACUUGGGUGGUUUGUGGUAUCACAAUGGUAACAAGUCUUUAAUUCAUCCUCAUGUUCCAAGUGUUGAUCCAUCUGUCGGUGAGAUUGCUGAUAAGAAUGCCAGUGCACCUGACUUGUAUUUUUCAGCAAUUUACAAGUUUAUGGAAACAAACAUUAGUCACUGGUUGAUGCUGUAUCGUGAUGUUUCGUUCCCUUCAGGGACGUUCACUUUCCCAGAAAGGAAAAAGGUGUUGAAGUAUAUCCAAGAGUACAUCGGUACCAUACCUCAUGAAAAGGUAAACACUCGGAUAAACUCCAAUGUGACGCGUGUUGAAAAAGUGGGUCACGUGUGGGAGAUUGAUGUGGAAAAUGAUGACGAAACUGUGUCGUGUUUAGAGUAUGACGCUGUGAUUAUUUCCAAUGGUCAUUUCAAUAAACCAUUUAUUCCCGAUGUGGAAGGUUUGUCUGAGUGGAAUGAAAAUAUUCCAAAUUCCAUCCUCCAUUCGAAGUAUUUUGAAUCACCGAAUACUUAUAGAGGGAAAAGGGUGUUAGUAAUUGGCAACGCAGCCAGUGGUGUUGACAUAUCAACUCAAAUCAGCACAGUUGCGGAACAGGUUUAUGUUUCAGUUAGAGAUUUGGAUAAAAUCGGUUUUCAAAAUGAUUUGAUUGAGUACCUUGGUUUAAUUGAGAAAUAUGACUGGAAGAAUAGAUCAGUCGUUACUGAGUCGGGUCAUAAAUAUACCAAUAUUGACGUUGUUAUUUUCUGCACUGGUUAUUUCUACAGUAUGCCGUUUUUGCGCAAUGAUGUGAUUAGAGAAGGAUCUCAGGUGUAUGAUAUAUACAAACAGAUCUUCAAUAUUUACGAUCCAUCACUCACCUUUGUUUGCUUAUUGAAGAAUAUCAUUCCUAUGCCCUUGUCUGAAUCACAAUCCGCAUUGAUUGCCAGAUAUUACAGUGGGCGAUAUGAACUCCCAAAUCAAGAAGAGAGACAAAAAUCAUACGAAAAGGAUUUGGCUGAAAAGGGAACAGGGUCAAAAUUUCACGUUUAUGGAUACCCUCAGGAUGUAGAGUAUUAUCGACACUUACAAGAAUUAAUUGAUAAACAGGGAUUAAGAACUCCUGGGUUGGUUGCACCAAUUUGGGAUGAACAAUUAGCCCAUGAACGUCUGAUCUCUGCAGAAUUAAAGAAUAAAAGGCUACAGCAACUUGUUGAGCAUGUGAAAAAGUUAAGAUCCGAAGGAAGGGACUUUGAAUUGCUACAAUGA